GGGAAAGGUGCGACGAGUGCGGCGAGGUGCCGGUGCGUCUGACGGGGGAUGUGAAUGACAGAUGAUUAGAAUAUAUUAGAAUCCCAAGAGCUGAAUGACAGGUGCGAGAGCUCGAAUUUAGAAGGACGAACAGAAAGACAGAUGACUAGAAUGACGAUGACCAUCUUCGGACCGAGAUGUUUUCUUUUUUUCGGAGGGACCGAAGGACAGGGGACUCCCGUGAUUUGAUCAAGAGAUAUCAAGAAUCUCUUAAGUUUCUGCGCUCUUCCGUGAGCGACCAGUGCUUCAGUUCAUUGGCUCUAGCACUACCAUGGAGGAAGGUCAAGCGCUACCAUGGUUGACGCUACACGCCUAUACCAUCCUAUACCCCUUUCAAGUCAUGCAAGGUACCUCCCAAAUGUUUGGAGCCAAGCAAGUGCAGGAAAACAGAUUCAGUCCAAAUGUAGAGCCGUUGCACGACGGUUUCUCCCAUGCUGCCAAAGGAGGUGCACAACUUGCUGAGCAAACGAGCUGAACUCGCGCAGAAGCUGCGCCAGAACUUGACCAACCCUGCAAUCCGAGAUGCUGUUCGACAGCGCUGCAGUUCCAUGCCUCACCGAACCUCCGUCCGCUCCGCCGGCUCCGCUCCCGAGCACCGGCUCCGCGGAGGCGCCGCUGGAGGCGCUCGCACCUUGAGCCGAGAGCGCGCGCCGGUGCCGAGGCCCGCGAGCCGCGAGCGCCUUGAGAGGCGCAGCGCCGCGCCCAGUGCUCUCCAUCCGAGCCGUGAGCGCGAGCGGGGGCAGAUGCAGAAGUCUUCCUCCACUGGGGCUCUUUCAUCUGGAUCAGCCACUUCAAGGCCAUCCUUGCGUGGCAAAGUGCCGGCGCAAGUGAACCCAGAGCCAAUUCCAAUCCGUGGACGGCGUGGACAAAAGGUGUCUACAGAUGCACAGGCCGCUCUUGCUCGAGCUGUUGCUUCGUUGCUCGGAGAUGGCAGUUCUGCAUCUGCGGUGUCUGCAGUUCAAGCAGCCUCAAGUGCUGGAGGCCCAUUGCAGGAGGAGCUGAUUAAGGUGAGCAAACAAUUGACUCAGCUUGAUCGAGAACGACAGCAGCUGGCUGAAAAUGGCUUGAGCAUGCUCGCUCGAUGCUCUUCGCAAGAGAGAAGUGUGGCACCUGACAAGGCUUCAGCACCAAGUGGCCGAGGGACCAAAGAGGAGCCCCUCCUCAGUGAGGGAGAGCCAAGCGAGCAUCCUUGGCUGCUGGCAGAUGGUCGCCUCGUCACAGCGCGCUUGGAGGGUGAGAACCUGGCACUAAAGCGUGCAGUGAUGCAGGCUCGAAGGGAGAUUGAUGAGUUGCUGAAAGGCAGAGCUGAUGCAGAGGCAAGGGUACGGACCUUGAAGGAAGAGAAUCAUGCGGCCGCUGAGGCGUUACGCCGCUACACCAGUUCUUUGUUGGAUCCAAGUUCUGCUGAAGCUGGUGCUGGAGGAGCGUUGAGCCACGGCGGGAGCUUUGCCAGUUUGAACUCCCUGAGUCUGCAGAGCUUGCAUUUGGGAGGUCGAAAUGGUGACUUUGGAGGCACCGGAGCACUUCCGGGCAGAGCUACUUCGGGUGAUUCAGCAGCAGGUGGAGUUGGCAACAGUGGCAUCUCUGCGGGGGGUGGAGAUAGUGGUAAGGAGCUACAAGCAGAGAAGCAGGCUCGCAACAAGCUCUUACAGACCAGUGAUGAGAUCACUCGUCGAAUGGAGGAACUUUUGUCGCGCAGAGGUAAAUCAUUGCAGAAGCUCUUGGAGCCCAUGGCAGGUCAAGCCCUCUGAACUUUGCUAGAAUAUGAGAUGCUAAUGGCUGUUAUGGCACUUUCGUUUCACAUGGCUUGGAUUGUCCAAGAACAGUCCACCAAUUCAGAAGAGGGUGGCUGACAGUCCUGUGCCUGUCACGAAAUGGCGAGUUGCGGCGGUGUUUCUCUUCAGAUGUGAGCAGGUCAGGUCGGGUCAGGUCGC